AUGCUAGUUGAACCGAGAUCAGCCACCGAUGCACCAGCACCAGAUGGAGGUUUUGUUGCUUGGGUGCAGUGCGCAAGCUCAUUUUCUCUAUUCUUCCUAUCUUGGGGCCUCCUGAGCUCAUUUGGUUCUUUUCAAGCAUACUACGAGACUGACUAUCCCUCAUGGACUCCGUCUCAGAUCUCUUGGAUUGGAUCCAUUCAAGCAUUUUUUCUCUUCGGAUUCUCUAUAGUUGCUGGUCCAGUUUUUGACCAUGGAUAUUUGAGCAUUGCUGUGCUUCCAGCUUAUUUCGACAAGAAACAAGCAUUGGCGUUGGGAGUUGCAGCUUCUGGUAGUGCCAUAGGAGGCGUUGUCUUUCCGAUAAUUUUCAACCAGUUGCAACCAAAAAUUGGUUUUGGGCGGUCACUCCGCGUCAUUGGUUUUAUCAUUCUCUUGGCCGCUACAGUUCCUAUACUCGGAAUGCGUGUACGAACUCCCCCGUCUGCAGUCAGGAAGAUAUUCGAUACGAGCGCCUGGAAAGAACCUCCUUUCUUGGUUACUAGUAUCUUCUUUUUCCUAGUAUUUAUGGGUGCUUAUAUCCCGCCUUUCUAUGUUCAAUCAUAUGCUCUCGACACCAAUAUAGUGGGAGGCGACCUUGUUCCUUAUCUUCUCCCUCUACUCAACGUCGGGUAUUUCUUUGGGCGAAUCAUCCCGACCCGCUUCGCCGACAUCUAUGGCCCAUUUAAUAUCGACAUAAUUUGCGUUCUCCUAAGUGGAAUUUUAGCUUUCACCUGGAUAGCUGUUCACAGCACUGCUAGUAUGAUUCUAUUCACUGUAUCGUACGGCUUCUUUUCCGGCGGAUUGACGUCAAUAUCUCCAAAUCUCGGUGUUGCAUUAUCUCCAGAUACAGGCGUUUUGGGUGUCCGCUUAGGAAUGCUCUUGAUGCCGAUAUCCGUAGGAAUAUUGGUCGGAAAUCCAAUUGCAGGCGCUCUGGAAUUUUAUGGGUGGAUAUCUCUGCAGAUACUUACAGCUGCAUUGUUGAUGGCCUCGCUCUUAGUGGUUAUCAUUGCUAGAAUCUUAAUGUAUGGUAAGAGCUUGACGAUCAGAUGCUAA